CUAAAUAAAUAAUAAACAAUAAUUACUAAAUAUAAAUAAUAAAAAUGUAUGAUUUUAAUUGUUGGGUUUGUUUCGAUUUAUUUACAGAUCCAGUUACAUUAUUUUGUCAACAUUCAUUUUGCAAAGCAUGUUUAGAGAAAUCUUACAAACUCGAACCAUAUUGCCCAUUUUGUAAACUAGAGUUUCAAUUACCACUUCCACCAAUUGACAAGGCAUUAAAUAAAAGAAUUUUAAAACUUAAAGGUAUUGAUGUAGUUGAUAGCGACAGUGAGGAAAAGAAUAAUGGAAACACCAACAACAAUGAAAACAACAAUAAUAUAAAUGUUGUUGCACAAUCACCACAAAUUAAUAUUAAAAAAAUCACUUUCGAUAUUUUAAGUUUACCAGCUACAAUUUAUGCACAAAUAUUUUUAUAUUUUACAACAAAAGAAAUUUUAGGUUUUUCAUUUGUUUCAAAAGAAUUUAAUAAAAUUAUUAAUCAUUCAUGGAUUUGGAAAGCUAAAUUGCUUCAAGACGCACAAUUUUUUACAUCAUUAGAAAAAUAUAAUUAUGAUUAUAAAAAAUGUUAUCAAAUUCAUUAUAAAAAUGAAAAGAAUUCAAACAAAGGUGCAUCAGGUACUUUUAAAAUGAUUCCUUUCCGUGGUCAUACCCAGCCAAUUACAGCAAUUGAUCACAUUGGUAAUAUAAUGUGUACUGGUAGUGUAGAUAAUACAGUAAAGGUUUGGGAUUUAACAGCUAAAAAAAACAAUAAUAUUUUUACAUUCACUGGCCACACAGAUAGAAUUACUUGUUUAAAACAACGUCAGUAUUCAGUUACAUCAGGUUCUGCAGAUUCAAGUGUAAGAAUUAAUGAUUUAGAGUCUGGUAUUGAAACAAAUGUAUUUAAACAUAAUAGUGGAGAAAUUAAAUCAAUUAACUAUAAUUCAAAUAUCGAAGGCCAAUUAAUUACCUGUGGUGAAAAACUUUUAAUUUGGGAUCAUAGAAGAAGCGGAAAGGAAAGUGAUAGAAUGUUGGGUAUCUAUGGCGAGGUUAUAUCUGCUCAAUUUAACACUGAUGGUUUAUUCUUUACAAAUACUGUAGAUUAUUUGGAUGCUUGGGAUAUGAGAAAACAAGAUAAGCCAUUAUAUAGAUUACCAGGUGUACAAUGGUUCCAACCUACCAAAGAUUUUAUUUUUGCCACUACUGCAAGCGAUAGUAUUAUUAAGUAUGACAUUAAAAAUGUUCCACUAAUUAUUUCUGCUACCAAUGAUACUGUAGCUUACAGUAAAAGUAAUAGUGUUACAGUAUUAGAUGGCAAUCUUAAUCAUUAUUCAACUCUUUCAAAUCAUACAAAUAGAGUAAAUAGUAUUUUAAUUGAUAAUAGUAAGAUCGUCACUGGCUCAAUGGAUAAUACAAUCAAAGUUUGGGAUAAAAGAAAUCGUUUAUAUUCACUUUUAGGUGGUUCAAAUAUGGUAAAUGAAAGUGACCCUGUUCCAUUAGUUUCUGGAUGUAGUAAUGUUCGUUACGAUAGAACACGUAUUAUUGGUGUAUUUAAUCAUCUAGUUAGAUUAUAUAAUUUCAAUUUAGAUUAA